UGGCCUCAGGAUGGACGUGGACUUGGGUGCUGGAGGGGACAGCACCCGGAGAAAGAUGGAAACGACAGGCGAGGCGUUGGAGAUUACACCGCUGGAGAUGUACGAUUCAGCGAGGGCAAAAAUCGCGGCCAACCUACGAUGGCUAUUUGCUAAAGCUUACGGAAUCGAUCACAUCCCUGAGGACCUGAGGGACCCUUUCUACACCGACCAGUACGAGCAGGAGCACAUCAAACCCCCCGUGAUCCGACUGUUGCUGUCCUGUGAGCUCUAUUGUCGUGUAUGUGGCCUCAUCCUCAAAGGAGACCAGGUGGCCUCCCUUCAGUCCCAUCAGUCGGUCAUUCAGGCCCUGUCCCGCAAAGGCAUCUAUGUUAUGGAGGGUGAUGACACGCCUGUCACAGAGGCGGACCUCACUUGUCAGCCUAUCAAAAUGAGCUCCCACAUGCCCAUGAUUGAUGCCCUGAUGAUGGCCUACACAGUGGAGAUGAUCAGCAUUGAGAAGGUGGUGACUUGUGUCAAACGCUUCUCCACAUUUAGUGCCUCAAAGGAGCUCCCCUUCGAUCUGGAGGAUGCCAUGAUCUUCUGGAUUAACAAGGUGAACCUGAAAAUGAGAGAGAUCACAGAAAAGGAACACAAAGUAAAGCAGCAUCUGCUGGAUUCACCCAGCCACCAGAAGUCUCCCUCAAAGUGGUAUUGGAAGCUAGUACCUGUGCGCUACCGGCGGGAGCACGCCUCAGGUCGCCAGCUACCCCACUUCCCCCUUCUGGAAGAUCUGAUGAGGGAUGUGUGCGAUGGUGCCGCUCUGCUGACAGUGGUCCACUACUACUGCCCUGAUUUGAUGAAGCUUGAUGAUAUUUGCUUGAAGGAGGUCACCUCAAUAGCGGACAGCCUGUAUAAUAUACAGCUAUUGAAAGAGUUUGCCAACGAGUACCUCAACAAAGGUUUCUAUUUAACACUAGAAGACAUGCUGUAUGCACCUCUUGUGCUCAAGCACAAUGUGAUGGUAUUCAUUGCUGAACUUUUUUGGUGGUUUGAGAUUGUGAAACCCGAGUUUGUCCAACCAAGAGAUGUCCAGGAAUUCAAGGAUGCAAGAGCAAUGACUCAGUCCAAGAGUUCCCGGCCCUCUGUGCCCAUCUCUAAUGCUACCAAACGGAGCUUCCUGGUUUCGCCUGGCAUUGCUGAUCAUGCUCACCCUGUCCCAAACAGUCCAGAAGUGUGUAACAGUAACAAGGGGAGUUCCAGCUUUAGUCCUUCACAUCCACUCCUACCUCUGAGACAGAGGCAGCAGAAAGCUCAGCAAGGAGAGGAUGCUUCAGCCUGUCGAAAUCGUUCAAAUUCACUCACACAAGAAAGUCGGGGGUCUGUGGCUUGGUCAGACAAAAGACAGAGGCCAUUGUCCCAGCUGAAUCGCUACGUUCUCCACUGUGCCACGGAUAGCGAUGCAGACUUGGCCUCGGGCGACAGUGCUAGUCUGACAUGCUCCAUCAGUGAGGACAGCCUAGCCUCCACUGUCACACCCAAGCAUCAGAGCCAUCCAAGCCAGGUUGGUCCUCGGCGGGUCAACGGUCACGGGCUGUUAGGAAAUGUUAACAUGGAUGAAGAAGACGUGAUGGUAACAGUUAUCAGGGCAGAGUCAUCAAAGAAUGACAGUACUUUGGCAAACUGUGGCGACCCAGAGCGCCACUCCGCCACCCCUGGUGCUAAAACAAGCACCCGGGGAAGACAAGAGGAAGCCAGUGCAGAUUCCCGUACUGCCAGUUUCUAUCUGGAGCCACUGAUGCCUGCUGUCCUGAAACCAGCAAAAGAAAAGUCCAUAUGCCUGAACAAGGAAGAAGAGUCUGGGGAAUCAAGACAGCGUGGGACAGGACGGAGAGUUGGUGGAGGAGAUGGACCCAGUUCCUCAGCUAGGCGAAGACCUCCGCACAGCCUUAACCGAACCUUCAAUGCUAGCUCCAGCUCUGAGCUUGAAAUAACUUCUGAGCCCAAAUCCAAUGACUCUGUGCCUCCACCUCCUGGGCAGACUCAUGCCUUCAGACCCAUGGUCACCAGCAGCGUUGAGCCCCCUGCUGAACAGUCUUCAGGGUUUUACCUGCAUUCCUCUGUGCCUGAGGACAAGAGGCCUGUCCAGGCCUGGGGCAUUCUGCCUGACUCUGAUACAGACACUGUGGAGACAAUUGAAGAGCAGGAUGCAGAACUAACCAAAGAGCUGCAUCCACAAAAGAAGCAGCUGUAUGAAGAGGAUGUGGAAUCGGCAAAGCUGCGAGAGGACAUGAACGUGAAGGAGCAUGAGGACAAGGAUGAAGGAAGCAGGUGCUCUAGCCCUGGUCUCAGUGUUCAGUCACAGGUGAGCAGUGUGGCAAGUGGCAGUGUGCGAAUGACCAGUUUUGCGGAACGGAAAAUGCAGAAGUUUGGCAGUAAUCAAGACAUCCGCUCCAGCACCAGCAGCUCACAAAGGACCACACCGGAUGGCUCAGAGAGCUGCACUAUUCCCCUCACCUCCUGGAGGAUGAAGAGGGACCAGAGUCCCACACAGCAGGGCAAGGACAAUGCAAACAUGCUGGCUUCAGAACUUGUGCAGCUGCACAUGCAGCUUGAAGAAAAACGCCGCGCCAUCGAGACACAGAAGAAGAAGAUGGAGGUCUUGUGUGCUAGGCAAAGGCUCAAACUUGGGAAAGCUGCCUUUCUUCACAUAGUUAAAAAAGGGAAGAGUGACACGCUCCCUCAGCCCCUGAAACCAGAUCACUUGAAAGAUAACCAGAAGCUUAAUGGGGAAAAAGAGAAGUCCUCAAAAGAUGACUCAAGUCUUGAUGCAAUGAGGGAUGGAGAGAAAGGCCCUGAAGAGCCAGAGAAGGCAUCCCUUGAAUGGGAUAGUGCAGCUGCCAUGCCCCCUAGUGCCUUAGAUGUAGAUGAGGAAAUAGACCUCAAUGAGUGUAACCGCUCCAUAGAAAUGCUCAAUGAUGCUAUCAGCAGCAUUCAGCAGCAGAUGAUGCAGCUAUCACUCCAGCAGGACCUCCUCAUGAAGCAGAACAUCCAGUCCCCACCAGGUGCUGCCCCACCGCCUAAUGGUGACCAAGGAAUUGUAUCUGAACCAAAGGUCCGAGCUGCUAUCCAUUUUGUGGAGCCAAGCGGCAGCCCUGUAGUCCGGAAGCCCCCAAAGCUUAGCUCAGCACGCUCCCGCUCCAAACCGUCUGAGCUGAAGUUGUCCAAGGAGCACAGCAAAGGGCAGAAAGUAUCUACCCCUACUCCUGUUGACAGUCCUACCGCUAGAGCCAGUCCAGGGGGCAGGACCCCCAGAGUGGACUAUGAGACAGUCACCCAGGAUGAGGGGACCCUGAAGAACACUGCCUUCCAUCUUCAUGAUGAGGCCAACUUGCGUACUGUCUCACGGGAGCCAAGUUCUGUGGCCCUGGGAAUGACGUUUAAUGAAGAUGUGUCUGAUACAGUAAGGGACCCUGAUGCAACCUUUGACAAUGGUCCUCAGUUUGAGAAUGCCUUGUCUGAGGACAGCACAAAGAGCAAGGCUAAUCUAAUCGAAGUGGACUUGUCAGACUUGGCAGUCCAGUCAGAUGAUGGAAGUUCCAACACAUACGUCACCACAGAAGCAGCAGAUGGGGAAAAGAAAACCGGCAUGGGCUUCUUCUUCAAGGAUGAACAGAAGGCUGAGGAUGAAAUGGCCAAAAAGCGGGCAGCAUUUCUUCUGAAACAACAGAAGAAGGCAGAGGAGGCUCGGCUCCGCAAGCAGCAGCUAGAGGUGGAGAGCGAGCUUAAGAGGGAUGAAGCCAGGCGGAAAGCUGAAGAGGAUCGGAUGAGAAAAGAAGAAGAGAAAGCGAGACGAGAGUUAAUAAAGCAAGAAUACUUGCGAAGGAAACAGCAAGAGAUGUUUGAGGAACAGGAACAGCCCAAGCCUAAACCCAAACCUAAGCCCAAGAAACAAAGACCGAAGUCUGUGUUGAAGGAAGAGCAUUCCACUGACACACUCCCAAAAUGUUCCCCUGCCAAUGAGAACCUUGUCAGCGCCCAGUCCGGCUCUAAUCUCUCACUGGCCUCUGUGGCCACCACUGAGGCAGACAGUGUUAACUCAGGGGGUGCAGGAUCUCAGCGGGGGGAAUCGGUAGAGUCAUUUUCUGGUUUCAGUCGGACUACAGAGCGGGACUGGGACAACGGCUCGACUGCGUCUUCCAUUACAUCGACAUCUAUGGCAGAAUAUACUGGGCCUAAACUUUUCAAGGAGCCAAGUGCAAAGUCUAAUAAGCCGAUAAUCCACAAUGCCAUCUCUCACUGCUGCUUGGCAGGGAAAGUAAACGAACCACAGAAGAACUCCAUCCUUGAGGAACUUGAGAAGUGUGAAUCGAACCACUUGAUGAUUCUCUUCCGCGAUGGAGGCUGCCAGUUCCGGGCGCUUUACUCAUACUUCCCAGACACAGAGGAAAUCCACAAGCUCACUGGCACAGGGCCUAAGAGCAUCACCAAGAAGAUGAUCGACAAACUGUACAAGUACAGCUCUGACCGCAAGCAGUUCACCGUCAUACCUGCCAAGACUGUAUCUGUCAGUGUGGAUGCCCUGACGAUCCACAAUCACCUUUGGCAGGCCAAGAGGUCCGCAGUGCCAAAGAAGAGUGGAAAGUGAAGUCUAACACAUCUUGUGGGAGCUGUAGUCAAGAGGUGCUCAUAUGUGCUUACUGUAAUUACAGAAAGACCACAAAGGUGUCCACAAUCAACUUCUUUCCGCUUGUGCUGUAAUGAAAUGAGAGUGGCUGCGUGUAAGUGAAUGUUUGGACUGACGGCCAACAUGCUCUUAAUUUUGGUCUAUUCGGGGUUUGUCCUCUAUCUACAGCCUGUGGCAUUUUUUAUUGAUUGAGUUCUUGUUACUUGAAAUCUUUUUCAGUUUGGCAAGCUCACUUGCAGCAGAGCUUUCGUCUCUGAUCAGCAGAGGUGUCAUCUCUUUGCUGUAAAACAGACUGAGAGACUGCUGCAUCUAAACAAGGUCUGCUGCAUCUGAAGAUCAUAACCCAAAAAUUCAUGUAGAAAAGUAUUUGCCGAUUUGCCUCUGGAUUUUUUUUUUUUUUUCGUCCCCAAAAAACAUGCUGCUCUGAACUGUCUCCUCUGUGUCACUGGGACAAUCCCAGUCAUACGUAUUGUUGGCCUUCACGCAUCGUGGUACUAUCGUCUAUUUAUUCAGCGCUUUAAAAGCAAAUCAUCUGUAGCACUGGUGUAUAGACCUGCGAUGGACCUUUUAAAUAGGGAAUGGAAUAGGCUUUGGUACAUGUCUCGGAUGCUCUCUUGUUUUGCUACUAUUCUAAUGGUAGAGGUAGUGAUUUCUCCACUGGACAGCCGUGUCCUGUAAAAUGGUGCACUCAUGAUCAUGUUUUAGUGCUUUUAUCAUGCAAUGUAACCAUGAGUGAUGUCGGCUCUGGAGCUUUGUCUCUCAUGCAAAAGAGCAGCAUGCUCUGUUCUGAAGAGUGUCGCUGUAAACGGUUUGAAUGACAGUAUUUAAUAUAUUCAUAAUCGGUUACUUC